ACGCUAGAGGUAGUAGUGGCUCCUGAUGGGUUGAGAGGCGGUGGGCUAACCGGAAGUGAUUGUUGUGUUCUGGAUACGGUUCUCACGCUGCAAAGAAAGUAAAACCAAAAGCUGGAGCAGGGGCAUAUCUCCUCCGUCAGGUCUGUCAGAUAUUACCGUACAUUGAAGACAUGAAGAAACAAGACGCGGAAGAAUCCAUUCCCCAGGCGGCCGAUGAAGCGCCGUCUACAGCUGGGGCCGUGGAGGGCCCCCCCACACCCACGGGAUCCGAACCGGAGACCCCCGCGGCACACACACCGCCUCAGUCUGGAGGAACCGGGCUGGACGAUAAAGUGGCCGAGGUGGUGCUGUCCCAGUGUGACAUGUCAGAGGCGCUGAGUCGGCAGCUGGAGGACAUCCUCAGUACCUACUGCCUGGCGAACGCCAACGGCGACGGCCCCGCCCUGCCCAACGGCCAAUCGCACAGCCCCGAGCUCAACGGCCUGGCCCAUGAAGGGGACGAGGGCAAGGCCGUGAAGGGCGGGAAAGUGAGCGGGGGCGGGGGAGGGAAGGAGGCGAAGAAGACCCAGGAGAAGAAGAAGGUGAAGGGAUUGGGCAAAGAGAUCACCCUCCUGAUGCAGACGCUGAACACCCUGAGCACACCCGACGAGAAGCUGGCAGGCCUCUGUAAGAAGUACGCUGAGCUGCUGGAGGAGCAGCGUAACGCCCAGAAGCAGAUGCGCUCGCUGCAGAAGAAGCAGAGCCAGCUGGUGCAGGAGAAGGACAACCUGCGCAACGAGCACAGCAAGGCUAUCCUGGCCCGCGGCAAGCUGGAGAGCCUCUGCCGAGAGCUGCAGCGGCACAACCGGACGCUGAAGGAAGAAGGGGUGCAACGGACGCGGCUGGAGGAGGAGAAGAGGAAGGAGGUGACGUCCCACUUCCAGGUGACGCUGCAGGACAUCCAGUCCCAGAUGGAGCAGCACAACGAGAGGAACGCCAGCCUGCGGCAGGAGAACACUGUGCUGGCCGACAAGCUCAACAAGCUCUACCAACAGUACAAGCUCCGCGAAGAGCACAUAGACAAGGUGGUGAAGCACAAGGAGCUGCAGCAGCAGCUGGUGGACGCCAAGCUGCACCAGGCGCACGAACUGCUCAAGCAGUCCGAGGAGCGGCACGACCGUGAGAAGGACUUUCUGCUGAAGGAGGCGGUGGAGUCCCAGAGGAUGUGUGAGCUGAUGAAGCAGCAGGAGGUGCACCUCAAGCAGCAGUUGUCGUUAUACACUGAAAAGUUUGAAGAGUUCCAGACCACCCUGGCCAAGAGCAACGAGGUCUUCACCACUUUCAAACAGGAGAUGGAGAAGAUGACCAAGAAGAUCAAGAAGCUGGAGAAGGAGACCACCAUGUACCGGUCCCGCUGGGAGAGCAGCAACAAGGCUCUGCUGGAGAUGUCCGAGGAGAAAACGGUGCGGGACCGAGACUUCGAGGGCCUGCAGGGGAAGGUUCAGCGGCUGGAGAAGCUGCGGCGGGCGCUGAAAGUGGAGCGCAACGAGCUCAGCAAGAAGGUGCAGAGCCUGGGGGGGCCGGACGAGGCGGUGCCCCCGGCCCACGCCGACUCGCCCUCCCCGCCCCCCAUGGACCUGGAGCACAGCGGCCACCCCCCCACCCCCAACAGCUCCUCCUGCUCACAUGCCUGCCGGUGCGGCCCGGAGACGGACUCAAGGAGCCCGCUGGAGGGGGCCCCCCCGCCCACCGCUGCCCUGCCCCUCUCUGCCCAGGACUGAGGCCUCUGACGGGGAGGAGAGCACGCUCAGACCGCACUUCUGCACCCCCGCACCCCCCAACACACUGACACACACACACACACGCGCAGGCUCACAUUCCACCCCAAACCUUAAAAACAAGAAAUUUAAAUAUGGGAAUACCAGCUCCUAUAGGCCCUCAAAAGUUCAUGUGUUAAGUAACACAACAGACCAUAUUUCCGUUGCAAUUAGAAUGUCUAUUUAAAAUCAUUCCAUUGAUGUGAGAAAAAGCCAUCUUCGCUGAAUGACUUUAGCCUCUGUUGAAUUAUUGCACACGUAGUUGCACAAUGCUCUUGGACUGUAAUAACAUUUUGACAUAUUUAAUGUAACUGUUACCUAUAUCUUACAGAGCACCACUAUUCAUUAAAAUGUAUAUUUUUAAUUGACAUGUAUUGAGGUUUAUUUCGCUGUUUUUGGUUUUUAAAUAAAUGGCCCUAUCAUCAUA